UGUGUCUUCAUCGCCCCAUUAGUCCAUUUGGAAGAUUCACCUUCCGUUCUUUGCAUUAUUGACAGGGGAAUACUACAAAGAAAGGAUUUUACGCUAUGCCGCUGUUGUCGCGCAGUGGCAGCGUCGAGAACCCCAUCGGCAACAAUUCUCGCCCCUACGCACGAAGACGGACGGAACACCGAAACACGGUAUGAGCCAAACUAAACUUACUGUGCUGCAUCACUAUCCCGAGAUCAGCGGAUAGCGGGAACACCGGUGGCAUGUCGGAUCUCGAAGCAACUGCGCCGCGAUGUCUCUGUCCAGCAACGGAGAAAAAUAUCCAAUCGAGCAACCAGUCGUCUGCGCAUACCCCCAACCCCGGCGGAUUUACACCAUGAAACAGUGGGCGGCGAACGGGACGGUAGUGCAGCUCGCGGCGACACAACACUCCGAAGAGUACAGGCCUUAACUACAUUUAUCUCGAGUUUGUGGGAAGAUGGUCAAAAGUACGAUGAACUAAGUCGGGGACUGGAACACUUGGACUCACCCGAAAACCAGCGACAAUGGUACCUUUGUUACUACUAUGUCGUCUUGGUCCUCGAACGCAUUCGGCGGGGUUUGGAGUCAAAAGGGGUCAGAUUCUGGCUAACUGAAAAUUCGGAUGAGGAUCGCCCUGAAACCAGGAUGACUCUCUCCGGACGAACGUGGGAGUUCAAUACUGUCGAGCAUAUGGCUAGGGUCUUGGAAGAAACCGUGAAAAAAACUUCAGAGAGUGUCAAUUCGUACCUGGACCAAAUAAAAGAGAAAUACACAGAGAGGUAUUUGCUUGUGAAGGAUCACCAUAUGCGUGUAUUCAUAUCUCGGCUGAAAGAAUCGCUCUCAAGCAAAGGAGUCGCAGAGGAGUAUUUCAGACCGCCUAGCCGUGAGGGCGUCAUUGUUGAUCUUGACCCAGAUAAAUCAGACCGGUCGCGGGUGCGGGAGACAGGAUGAUGCAGUGCAGGAAUAAUCUGGCGUAAAUUACCCUGACCAAGACUUAAUCGGUGCGCCAGACACGGAAGUCCUCGAAGACCGCAUUUCAUGAGAGAUCCCGAAUGGCAUUCAUACAUAAGACAAUUCAUUCACAUCGACCCGACAGUAAAAGAUCUCACCCCCUUCGACGAUAGUGAAGCUGAUGACGAGGUCACAUCUAGCGGCCUUUCAAUUUUUGCCCGAUCAUUCUAGAUUAAACUUGACGAAUUUGCUAAUAACAGCUUACCUAGGAUGGAUUUGGGGAAGCGAUAGAAAAGAUCCGCCUGCCAGAGCCGUUGGAUUUUCUACUUACCACCGACGGCAAAUGAGAUAGGGUCCUAGGAAGAUGUGUCUAGGUCUUCCAUACUGUCGAUGAUUUGGUUUAGCAGUAGCUGGCCCUGAAAAGAAGGCUUUCUAUAUCAACGGCGACGUGAAGCUUGGUGGUGCUCUAUAUGCCCUGUACUGCGGUAAUGGCCUCACGAUCAGAAAUCCCAC